AUGAGAAAGUGGGAAAAAUACCAUAAAAAGUAUUGUAAAGACUGGGAAAAGGAAGAAAUCUUGAAAGAAUGGAUUUUGAGUGUAACAGGAGGCGACCAAAAAGCAUAUUGUAAGUAUUGCAAAACUCAAAUUCGAGCACAUCAUGGGGAACUAGUUUCUCAUGCAAAAACUGAGAAACAUAAGCGCAACAAGCAACCUUUUCUCAGUUCAAGAACCUUAUUUGAGUUAGGUUGUCAAAGUAAAAAAGUAGACAAUUUUCUCAAAGUUACAGAGAUAAAGAUCGCUGCCCACAUCGCGUGUCAUUCUAGCUUAAACACCGUGGAUCAUCUUGGCGAGUUAUUUAAAGAUGUCUCAGGGAAAGAUGUUAAACUCCACACAACAAAGUGUACUGCAUUGAUUAAAUGUGUGUUAGGACCAGCGAUGUUAGAACAGCUACUUCAAGAAUUGGCCGACAUCCCUUAUUCACUAAUUAUAGAUGAAAGCACUGACAUUGGCAAUGAAAAACAACUGUGCAUUAUGGUUAAGUACUACAGCGCAGCCAAACAACAGAUUUUCACAAGCUUCCUUGGACUUUUGUCUAUUGAAUCAGGAACGGCAGAGGCCAUUUUUCAAGCAAUAAUUGAAUUUUUGAGAGCAAAGGAGCUUGAUAUCAAGCAGUGUAUAGGCUUGGCCACUGAUGGGUGCAACACAAUGUGUGGAAGGAACAAUUCUGUAAUCACAAAAUUUCGUGAACUAUGCCCUAACAUAAUACAUAUAAGAUGCAUUUGUCAUUCUAUCCAACUUUGUUCCUCACAUGCUCUUAAAGUAAUGCCACGGAAUGUGGAGUUAAUGGUGUCAGAAACGUACAACUGGUUUUCUCAUAGCACUUCUAGGCAACGAAAGUAUCGCCAGAUCUAUUCAGCUAUCAACGUGGAGGAAGCAGCUUUGAAGAUUUUAAAGCUCUCCGACACACGUUGGCUAUCUAUUUCUGCAUGUGUUGACCGAAUACUCCAACAGUUUGACGGACCGAAACUACACUUUCAGCUUGCCAAAGAUGAAGAUCGCAACUACACUGCAGAAUUACUUUUUCAAAUGUAUGGUGACAUGGAGAAUAAAUUAUAUCUAAUUUUUCUGCAGCCUAUCCUUAAAGAAUUAAACCGAGUAAAUAAGCUGUUUCAGUCAGAUUCUGCUAACCCGUUGCAACUCCUCACUGAUGUUAUGAUGGCAUUGGCGGAAUCAAAUUUAACUUUUGAAAAGGUUGAUGUAAUCAAAUCUAGAUGUCAACAAUUUCUGGUUGAGUUGCUCAGGCAAAUGAAGCAAAGGUUGCCAUGCAAUGUGGAGCUGCUUGAGUCUAUUGCUGAUCUAAGUCCAACUGUUGUUACAGGCAAACAGAAACGAUCUCUUCAAGACCUGUCGUUUCUUCCACUAUUUUCCGGAGAUUUAGGUAAACUUGACCAACAAUAUAGUCGCAUUGGUUCAAUCCAGUGGAUUGAUGUCAACGACCAGAAGAUUGAGCAAUUUUGGUUUGUCGUCAUUAAUCAUGUUGAUGCUUCUGGGGAUCACGAUUUUCAAGAGUUGGGAAGCCUUGCACUUUCUAUUUUGGCUCUUCCUUUUAGCAACGCAGCAGUUGAAAGAGCAUUUUCUCUGAUGGCUUUGCUAAAAUCCAAACUAAGAAAUCGAAUGGGACAGUCGCUACUAGAGAAUCUCUUGCACGUGAAAUCAUAUAUGGCAACGCAAAAAAUUUGCUGCAACAAUUUUACUCCUUGGCCUCAAAUGAUAUCUAGGUUUACUUCAGAAAUUUAUGAAAGUACAGAAGACGUAAACGAUGCGAUAUACGAUAUCAAUGUGUAG